GAAAAAAGAUUCAAAAUCGCCUGCGAAAACAAACUCAGGUGAUGCUGACAGUUGGCUUGUCGAUGUUGAUAAAAGGUUGCCACACAUGUGGUUCUCCCUUAAAGGAAGACCCAAAUUCUGUGGGACAGUGGAGCUUGACUUAUUGACGUUACUUCUGAUUGGAGAGGUGGUUAGACGGGGGAUCUUUGGUUUCUUCGUCUCCUUUGUUUCCUUCGCCGAGAUGGUCAGAAGGGGGUUUUUGGAUGUCCUCUGUCAAAGUCCAAAUGAUUCUAUUAUCCACGCGCAAAAACGUCCAAGCCAUCGUACUUUAAGUCGAACAUUGGUAGGAAGCAACCAGAGACCGAAUAUUUGUUUCAAUAGACUUCCAAAAUUCAAAGAUGGAAGGUUCCUUGCCAUUCGCUACAGCCCACACGGCACUUUCCUCGCCUUUUUGUGUCCAUGCCACGACAAUAGAAAUGGCAAUGACAACAGGAAUGGGAGUGGCAACGGGGCCGUUCAACUUGGUCGCAAACGAGUAGCCAUUGAAUUCCAAGUUGUCUGCUCUACCGCAUCAAUUUCUAUUAGUCCAAUCUGUAACGUUUGGUUUAAGCAAGUAUGCUUGAAAAUUGCCGAGUAG